GGAGCAGCCCUGAGAACUUGGCCCUGCGCAGUGCCUGGUCCCCCCCGCACUCCUCUGGGAACCUCAGGAAAAGGAAGAUCUUUGGUCAUGGGGUGUUUUGAGUGCUGUAUUAAAUGCUUGGGAGGGAUUCCCUACGCAUCACUGAUCGCCACCAUCUUGCUCUAUGCUGGGGUUGCCCUGUUCUGUGGCUGUGGUCAUGAAGCACUUUCUGGAACCGUCAACAUUCUGCAAACCUACUUUGAGAUGGCAAGAACUGCUGGAGAUACACUGGAUGUUUUCACCAUGAUUGACAUCUUUAAAUACGUGAUCUACGGCAUCGCAGCUGCUUUCUUCGUGUAUGGCAUUCUGCUGAUGGUGGAAGGCUUCUUCACAACCGGCGCCAUCAAAGAUCUCUAUGGCGAUUUCAAAAUCACCACCUGUGGUAGAUGCGUGAGUGCCUGGUUUAUUAUGCUGACGUACCUUUUCAUGUUGGCCUGGCUGGGAGUUACGGCGUUCAGCUCUCUGCCAGUGUACAUGUACUUCAAUCUGUGGACCAUCUGCCGGAACACCACUUUAGUGGAGGGAGCAAAUCUCUGCUUGGACCUUCGUCAGUUUGGGAUUGUGACAAUUGGAGAAGAAAAGAAAAUCUGCACCGUCUCCGAGAAUUUCCUGAGGAUGUGUGAAUCUACCGAGCUGAACAUGACCUUCCACUUGUUCAUUGUGGCUCUUGCUGGAGCUGGGGCAGCGGUUAUUGCUAUGGUUCACUACCUUAUGGUCCUGUCCGCCAACUGGGCUUAUGUGAAAGAUGCCUGCCGGAUGCAGAAGUAUGAAGACAUCAAGUCGAAGGAAGAACAAGAGCUUCAUGACAUUCAUUCUACUCGCUCCAAAGAGCGACUCAAUGCAUACACAUAAAUAAAUUCUCCUGUUCUUUACCAUUUGAAUGCAUUGGUGUUUAACUAAGGACCAUCCAACCAUCCAACCUUUGAAACACAAAAUCAAAGUGCUAUUCAUCAAUGAUAUGGAGGCUGGCUUAUGAGUCACCUACAUAUUCUUUGUUGUUUAGCACUUACUUCCCAAAUUGGCUAAAUUGGUAUAAUUCGAUCUCUUCUACAAGCUCCUAUCCAGUCUUUUUUAUUAGUUUUUGAAAAUUUCUCAAACGAAUUAGUUCUGUAAGGUCAAAAGAUAUCAAUCUGGACAAAGGCAAAGAUUUGUUGGGUUUUUUUACACACGUCCCAUGAGUUACACAUAACACUUUUUAUUUUGCAUUUUUUCUUACGUUUUGAAAACAAAAUAGCAUUUUAUACUUUUUAGUUUUGAUUUCGGUAACUAGUUUAACUACAGGUAACCUGCAAAGGGACCAUUGUACAUUACGUGAACAGUAGGCAGAGAUGACAUCAUGACAACUCUUCUUGAAAGACAAAUCUUGUGUGGAGGUCAGGGGCCAAAUUACCAUAAGCCCUGGCUAAUGUUUUCAUCAACCUACGGUGCAAUUUCUAAAUUUAUAAGGAUAGGUUAAAAAAAAGUGCUUCUUAUCUUUGUUAACAUUGUAUUUUUUUUUCCUGAUGUACUUAAAGGUAUUUCUCUCCAAUUACUCAGAUUUACGUUGUGAGCAUGUAGAAACAGUAAUGCUAAUGCAUGGCUAGCUGCCUUUUUGAGAUUGUGACACCAGGCUUACUUUUUCAAGUUUAGUGUAGAGACAUUUUAAUGGAAAUAACUACCAUGGACUAUGGGAGAAUGAUCUUUAUGUGACUUAUGCAGUGGCUGGAUUGGAACUUUUAAUAUGCUAAUGUGGAAAAUUACCUUUAUGAAGGUGGUAUAUUGAAAAUAAGCACACUAACCCCUCCGAACUUGUUUUACCUACUUUAAAAGUUUUAAUGUAUUGCAUCUCUGUAAACUAUUUCAAAAACGUGUAUGAUAUAUUUGCAAAGGCUUCCAUUAAUAUAAUAUAGCUUUGCUUGCAGCUUCUAAUCUAUGUUGGUUUACCUGUAGUGUUUUCUCAAAUGUGGUCAGAGGCCACUGUAGAAUGUAUUGUUUAGCAGUGUAGUGAUAUGUUUGUGUUUUUUUUUUUCAAAUAAGUCAUUUAAACAGAAUGUUCAUUCAUCUUCAUUUAUAAGAAGUACCUGUAUCAGAGGAAUUUUAAAGACAAAACAAUCAGUAUUAUUGGACCAAAUUUGGUGUUUGUUUUAACCUUGGCUCUCUUCUUUUGAUGAUUUCUAAUGCUACAAGAAUGCUGUAAAAGUGUCUUUUAAAAUGAUGUAGCCUGACAAGAUAUUUUGUCAGUGUAUAAAACUAGAUAGUAUUGUGCACUGAUUUGACCAUUGUGAAAUCCUUCCUCGGUGUAAGUACAUUUCUAAUAAAAUUUAUUGAGUGAAACAAUCUUUGUACAACUACUAGUCAUGCAUCAUCAGUAAUUUUACAAGUUCUUGUAGUAGGUAGGGGGUAUUACUGGGGUUAUAUCUGUGGCAUGAUUAUUCAUUCUGUAGUAUUAAUUAAUUUGGGGGUUCCCUUUGCUUUUUUUACACUUAGAUUAUCUUAAUGGUUCAACAUUUUUUCUGAUAUAUAUGCAGUAUUAAAUAUAUUCAGCAAAAGUAUUAAUGGGCUUCUUUAAAUUCUAUAUUAUAGCGUUUCAGUUCUGUGUCUUUACGGUUUGUGAUGAUUUUUAAAACUGUCUUUUAAAUUUAUGUAACGAUGUUGACUCUCCUGGCUUUUAUUUCUGGUAUUAGAGUUUGUAUUUUCACAGAGUGCUUUGUAGCAGGCAUUACAAGUAAUCUGUUUUGUACAUAAAUGUGCCAACAGCUUGAUGGUGGCGUUUUUGAAAUGUAGAACAAAGUGCUUGCAAAAUGUAAUAAACACACUUGUGUACUUUGUGUACUUAU